AGUGGAAACAGCUUCCAUGUGUUUGACCAAGGACAGUUUGCCAAGGAGGUGCUCCCGAAGUACUUCAAGCACAACAACAUGGCCAGCUUCGUGCGGCAGCUCAACAUGUAUGGCUUCCGGAAGGUCGUGCACAUCGAGCAGGGAGGGCUGGUGAAGCCGGAGAAGGACGACACUGAGUUCCAGCAUCCCUACUUCAUCCGUGGCCAGGAGCACCUCCUGGAGAACAUCAAGAGGAAAGUCACCAGCGUAAGUGUGAGCUCAGAUCCCUCGGGACAGGCUGUGGGUGAGCUGCUGAACCAGCAUCACGUGCUGUGGGGAU